CGGAAGAAAAAAGCCGACGCGUAAGCGCUCAGCCGGCUCAGUAGUCCCGUCAGGCCAAAUCGCCGUCCGCCACGGCUGUCACGAAAGCAGUGACGCCACGGCUGGACGGCCGGUUGGUGGCGCUGUCAAGCAAUCCCGGCGCCCAAGUUUGGAGAGGCCCGCCAGGACUAGGGGCCGUUUCAUGAAAGCCAGAAGGCGGCGGGAGGGGGGCGAGUCCCCCCCCCCCACGACCUGGCAGCUCUUCCCGCCGCCUGCCCCCCGCCGCGCGAGGUCGGUGUCCUCAUCAGCCUCCUUUAUCUUCGCCACAGGGAUGCAGGGGACUUUAAGCGCCGGGCAGGCGCGGCGUCCCAGGCAGAGCGAGGGCGCGGCAGUCGCUCUCCCGGUUUGGCAAGUUUCCCGGAGGGUGACAGAAGAGGAGCUUCUGCCGGUGCUUACUCCAAUGCGGUGCAGCUAGGAGAGCGAACCGGCGGGGACGGGAGAAACAGCCGCUCGGCGCAUCAGCGUUCCCGAAGCCGGAGCUGAAGGCGAGGAAUGACAACCCAACGCAGCAACGCAGACUGGAUGGGCUCCUUGCCGCCCGUCCUCAGCGCCCUGCCGCUUUCCACGCUGGCCAUCCCAGGUUCACAUGAUUCCUUCAGCUACUGGGUGGAUGAGAAAUCUCCUGUGGGACCAGAUCAAGCCAUAGCAAUUCGGCGGAUAGCUAAAAUUCCUUUGGUAAAAAAGCUAAUGAAGAAAUGGUCAGUAACACAAAAUCUGACAUUCAAGGAGCAGCUUGACAGCGGAAUACGCUAUUUUGACCUCCGUGUAUCUUCCAAACCAGGUGAAGCAGGACAGGAAAUCUACUUUAUACAUGGCUUGUUUGGAACCACAGUAUGUGAUGGACUUAUGGAGAUAAACAACUUCUUAACCCAUCACCCUAAAGAAGUAAUUUUCCUGGAUUUCAAUCAUUUCUAUGCCAUGGAUAUGAAUCAUCAUAUGUACCUUAUCAGCAAGAUUGAUGAAAUAUUUGGAUCAAAACUCUGCAAAAAAGAAUGUGUGGAAAAUGUAACACUACAAAGCCUUUGGGAAAAGCAACAGCAGGUUCUUGUUUUCUACCAUCAUUCUAUAUGUGAAACAUAUCCCAUCCUAUGGGCAGGGAAUAAAAUGCCAGCUCCCUGGGCAAACACAACUAAUGUACAUAAACUACUGCAGUUCUUGGAGACCACCCUGAAUGAGAGAACAAAACAUGGAACUUUCCAUGUUUCCCAAGCUAUUCUCACACCAAGAGUCAAAACUGUUGCACGGCACCUCAGCCGUGGCCUGAAAAACACUCUUGUUCACAGAAAUCUUCCUUUUAUUCUGAACUGGGUGAAGUUACAGAAACCAGGAGUCAUGGGAGUUAACAUCAUUACUUCAGACUUUGUGGAACAGGUAGACUUUGCAGCUACCAUCAUUGGAUUAAAUAAUCUCCUUUUAGAAGUAUGAAGACAAAAUACUUACAUUGACCUCAAUGUAUAGAGCUAAACUUGCAGGAUAGCACCUCUGCUACACAUAAGAACAUUCUGCCUGCCUCGGUGGAAAUACAGAAUGUGAUGCUGGCUAUACAACUGGAGCUCAGCGCUACAACAUAUGGAAAUUAUUAGCAGAGGCCUCUUCAUGGGCUUGCUGAAUAUGUACAUCCUGCAUGUCAUGAAACCCGGAACUCUGUCUUGAAGGAUAAUAAUAAAUUAUAAGCUUGGAUUCAUCAGGUUAGCCAACAGUUUACCUCUGUGGAUACCUUAGACAGAAAUAUGUGCUGCACUUGUUUCAUUACAACUGUACAGUGUAUAUUUUGCUACCUCGGUCAUUCUUUAGGGAAAUAUCAUUUAUAUUGUUUGGUAAAUCAUUGGUAAUUACAGUAAUGUGUAUGAAUGUUAGUUAAUUAUGUGUUUAGACCUUCAUUUUUUACUUGAACUUGCAUUUUAAUUCAUUAUUUUGGAGUAUCCUAACUGGGUACAAAGAGGAAUUAUUUUAAAUGCAACACUAUUUAUUUUGUGGAUUUUUUUAAAGUCCUAGAUUUAGAAUCACUUCUGAGAAGUAAGAGGCUAAUACCACCUAACCUUUAUCUCAUUCUGGCAUAAUUCACUUCUAGCAUAUUGGAAUUUGCACAGAAGAAUGUAAAUAGGAUAUGGCACUCCAGGGUACAACGUAUCUUCCAUUUUGUAGAAUUUAUUAAUGCAAUACUUUUUCAAAUUGUAAAACAAUAUUUAUUUAUUUAUUUAUUGUAAAAAAAAAAGUAUGCUAUCCUAUCGUAGCUGGAGAAUUUAUAGUUAUUUUCCUAAAUAUCUGUUUGGAAAUUUCUCAUAUUACAUUUAUAGUAGUUUGCGUUGUUAAUGUGCACUGAAUGUUUUAAUAAGACUUCAGUAAGAAAAGAUUUGAAACAAGUUUGCUUCAAGUUUGGAGCAAACAAGUGUUCUUCAGAAAUACCAGUUGCAUAUCGGAUGUUCUGAGUAUCCAGCCUAUUUCAGGGAUCAUUUCAGCCACUGCAAGGAUAAACAGACAAUGAAGGCAGUAUUGACAUGUCACCCUAAAAGACUGACUUAACUACCUUAGUUUUCUGCAGGGCUUGGACAUCUUUUAUUUAUUUAUUUAUUUAUUUAUUCAUUAUUUAUUUAUUCAAUGCAUAGAUGGCAUAAGACACUGCGCAAUUUACAAUUGUGAAAAACAAUCAAAACCAUACAAUAUAGAAUUGAAAGGAAGUCUGGAGAAGAAUAGCAAUCAAUUAAACAAGUAAAAGAGUCUGCAAGGGGUUAGACUCCAUUCUAAUCCAAGUCCUGGGAAUAAAGCCAGGUUUUAAAGAUUUGCCUAAGCAGGAUCAGGAUGUUUAUCAUUGUUAAAACCUGAGGAAGAAAUCAUUGGGUAAUGGGUAUCCACAAGAAAUAUCCUAAAUCAGUGUUUUUCAACCUUGGCCACUUGAAGAUGUAUGGACUUCAGCUUCCAGAAUUCCUCAGCUAGCUGCACUAUGCUAUGCUGACUUGGGAAUUCUGGGAGUUGAAGUCCACACAUCCUCAAGUGGCCAAGGUUGAACAACACUGUCCUAAGUGAUUUAAGUUCUUCUGGUGGUUGAUGGCUAAGGGAUUCCCCUCAGUUUUUGCUAUAUAUUUAUUUGAAUAAAAUAAUUAUUUCCUGUUACAUCAUGGUAACAGCAUUUUACAGUUUGUUUGUGUGUGUGCCGUUUAAGAUUUUGCUUUCAAGUUGAAGUUUUAGCAUAAAAGAACAAUGAAAAUAUGUGGUGGUUUUUGUCAUUGGCAUUAAGAAAAGAAUUCUAGUGGUCUCAGAUAAGAAGAUUGAAGCCUGCUCUUAAGGAACUUUUAUUAUCAUAUGGGGGAGAGAUUUUUUACUAUAAAGCUCAGGGUUGUUUGCAUCCUCAUUGAAAUCUGUACCACUUUAAACUCUAACUCAGGGGUGAACCGUACUGGUUCAGGAACUCUGGGAGUUGAAGUCCACAUAAUGUUGCCAUAAUUGUCCAUCCUUUUCUAACUUGUAUUAUUUAUGGCCUAAUUCAGAAUCUGACAAAUUUCCCUUCUUUGAACUUGAGGUAUAUUUAUAAUAAUCCAUUGGGCUGAAAUCAUUUUUGUAGCCUAUGAAAAUCACUUGAUGUUUGAUUAUUGAUGAUUAAAUAUUGAUUAAAGUUUAAUCCAAAGUAAACCAGUAUUAAUAUUUUAUUAAGAUGUUAUAUUAAGCAGGUUCUUUUGGCAAUUGUUCAUUCUGAACCUGGAAAAGGAUACAGAUGAACAAGGCCAGCAUUGUCAGGACUUUGUAUGCCUUUUCCACUGUUAAUUUAUUUUUCUGUUAAUUAUUUAUAGAGUAUUCCAAAUCAUUACAUUCACUUUCUAGUAGAGUAUAGGACUUUCUUAGGAAAGGCAUUGAAAAGCUGGUGGAUUGCACCUUCUUUUGUGAAAUAUUUUGCAGCUCAGUGCUUGCCUUUAUGAACUUUAUCCAUGAUUUGCAGACAUUUGGCCUGUUUGAUUAGUUCUAUUAUGAUCUGAAAAUCUCACAAAAUGGUUAUCAUCAUAUAGCAAGACCGCUUUAACAAAACAAUUGCUGGGGGUCACAUAACUUCUAUACCCAGAUAAUAAUGGUUCAGCGUGGUAGACUUGUUCACAACCUUGCUGCAAGUAUACCAGUGUUUCACAAUAACAAAAAAGUGGAUUGAACCGCCUUUUUCAGAUUUUUCUUGAUUUUUUAAGAUUAUGUUGUAAUGGUAAUAUUAUUUUUUUUGUUAGGUAUAAAUGGGAUUUCUUCUUUGUAUGGGGAUUUCUUUUAUUUAUUGUAAACUGCCUAGCUUAUCUGAAGCAGGCUAUAUGCAGAUUUUUAUAUAAAUAAACAUUGGGCUAUAAAUUACCCCACACAAUUUCAUCUAAUGUAACACAUGGUCCAAACUCAAUCCUUAAGUAUUCUCUGUAUACUUUUCCACAGGAAACCAUUUCAGGGGAACCCAAGUGUUGGAUUCUGUCCAUUGAGGAAAUUGUAAAUACUGUAUUAUGUUAUACAAUUCCAACCUCACUCAUUCAUACAUUCAUGAGGCUCGGCAUUAUCAGCCUUCUUCAGGUGGCCUUCCUGUCUAGAUGGCCAACCAUUAAUCCACUUUAUUUCUCUGAAAUCUGUAGCAUAUUAACACUGUAUUUUUCUUAUAUUUAGGUGCUUCAUAAUUCCUGUUUUUCAGUUAUACAAUUUCUGUUAUUUUAUCUGAAGUGACUGUUGAUAGCAGUGUAUUGUUCUUCUUAAAAGUUCAGGUCUCUCAGAUAAUUAUGCCAUGAAAAAUAGCCAAUUUUAUGCACCAGUUUUUUGGUAAUGUUUUUUUCUCUUUAUUAUUAUAUGUAUUUUUAACUACUGUAUGAUUCUCCUAAUCAUCAAGAAACAAUGAACUAAUCUUCAGAAAUAAUUGUUUUUAUUCAGGAGAAUAAAUAGGAAAUGAAGAAAACUUUUCUUUUGUAUUUCCAAUUUUGUACCCUAAAUCAAUUAAUACUGAUAUUUUAAUUUAUAUUAAUAAAAGUGAAGUAUGAGUAUAUAUGGUUGCAAAUUAAUAAAAUUAAUAAAAUAUUAGAAUAUUAUGUAUAUUUUCUUUAAAUACUGUAUUUGUUAUCUCAUUUUAUGUGAAAUCUGAAGGAACUCAGAUUUCUUACUUUUUUUGGACUUUGAUUAUUAUCCCUAACAUUGUACAUUUCAACCUUUUGUUUAGAAUGCCAGUUUUACUAUUAUAUGUUUAUUGCAAUUGUUUUGAGUAUUGUAAAAUGAGAAUACCUCAUUUUAUUUGUGCACAUAAUAUCUACGAUAUUUUAAGUCUUUCACAUUUAUUUAGUGCUUUGUUUUUAAUCCUGAAAAGUCUAGCUGUAACUGUGCUAUCUGGA